AUGAGUAUCACCAGCUUGGGCGCUCCAGAUGAGGCUAUACAAGGACCUAUCCUUGUACAAGGUCUCGUUCAAUACCUGUUUCAAGGUAGGCAGAUGUCCCCUCGCCCCAGAUCCACGCAGGAAGGUAUUAAUUCCCACAAAGGUGUUAUAUUGUCACAGGGAAUGAAGUUCUGGGCGCGAUGUGCUGAUGACCCAUGGGGUCUGAAACUCUACGUAACGGGCUUGAUCUUUUCGUCCAUCGUGCAGACGGCCCUCGAGACCUACAAGGUUUGGCUUGAAGUAAUCAUUCGCAGGCACUGGGCGGUACGUAUUGGCGAGAUUAUUGGAGCACAUACUGGUUAUAGGGAUCCUCUAACCGCAAGCAUCUGGGCCUUCCCACUCUGGGUAUUUGGCUCUCUUGUGCUCGCGCUUUCUUUGACGACAUUGUUGUCGGUCUUUCUCUGGAACGCUAGGACUGGGCUGGAUUAUCUGGAUAAAACCCUGAAAGGUCUCAUGGCUCUUACUUGGGAGACCGCUGCACUACCGACAAUUUGCAUGAUCCUUGCGUCGUGCCUUUACCGCCGAGAGUUUUCCGGCGCUCGGCAUCUCGAUCUCUUCUUCAUUCUGCUCACGGGAAAACUAUACACGCUGGGCAUCUUGCGCACUCUCAAUUCGCGCACUCGGUUCCGUGAGCGUCUUGUUUCCACUGAUCAAGGGCGGACAACACUCAGCAAGUUCGAAUGGAGGAUGACAUCCCUACCUAAUUCCACAGUUAGCCAGAAUCAACUCGCGCCGAACGAGGUUCCUAUACGUGGAUCGCCGUCUCUGCCUAUCAUCGAAAGGACUGUCGGCACCUUAAGCAUCGCAUCGCUGGCGAUCGGCCUCGACGACAUCUCGGGAGAAAUUGGUGUACACCAGAGACCAGAUUUGUAUAGUCGCUCCCAUUCUUCUCAUAUUCCACUUCCAGCCCCGGCGUGA